AUGGCGAAAGGUACUCGUCCUCGUACUCGCGCUGUGGGGCCCCGUGGGCGGAAGACAAUUGCCCUGCUGAAAUGUGCAUAUGUGGGAUGCGGCCGUCAUUUCAAAACAUCUGGGGGGCUUACAAACCACGUCCGGACUGACCAUUCAAAUCCUACACUUGUAGGAUUUGCGCCAAACGAUCGGGACUCUGUCGGGGUGGUGGACGACGACAUAGAGAUGGAAUAUGAUCAGCCGGACGUGCUCUCGGAUACCGGCCAGGACAGCAAUGAGGAACCCGAUCCGGUUCAUGCUGAGCCGCAACUCCCUGCUGGCUGGCACCGUCAUUACCACCCACACCUCUCUGCACGGCCUUGCGAUGAAGAUGGGAACGAUCUGCUGCCUGGAACGCCGCCGCCUCCUCGUCGGGCGGCCUCUCCAACAAACUGGACCCCUUACGAGGACAAAGUACAGUUCCGCACAGCCGAAAUCCUCUUUCGUCAAGCGCAGGUUUCGGGAGGCAAUAUCAACGAGCUCCUAGAGGUCUGGGCUCUCGACAAGCUCAAGCACGACGAUCUUGCUCCAUUCGCAAAUGCGGACCACCUUUACGAAGCCAUUGACGCGACAAAGCUGGGCGAUGCGCCAUGGCAUUGCUUGGAGUCAGAGCCACUGGCUUCUGGCGCUGAUGCCCCCGAAUGGGCCCGACGGUCAUAUACGGUCUGGUAUCGCAAUCCGGAGACUGUUGCCACAAACAUGCUCGAUAACCCAGCUGCCGACGGUCAUUUCGAUUACGUGCCGUUUGUCGAGACAGACGCAAACAACAAACGACGUUGGUCAAACUUUAUGUCGGCAAAUUUUGCAUGGAGGCACGCAGACAAGAUCUACGAGGACGAUCCUUCGACUGAGGGAGCCUGCCUGGUCCCGAUCUUUGCUGGCGCUGACAAGACUACUGUUUCUGUUGGAACGGGGGACAUCGAAUAUCAUCCGGGGUAUAUGGCGCUUGGAAACCACCACAACAGCUUUCGCUGCGGGCAUCGCAAUGGUGUGAUACCUUUCAUUUUUCUGGCGAUACCGAAAAGCGACCGAAAAUACGACAACGACAAAGCAUUCAGAGUUUUCAAGCAGCAACUCUACCAUGCCUCCCUCGCUGCUAUCUUCUCCUUUCUAAAACCAGGCAUGACCACGCCAUGUGUCCGACGUUGCCCCGAUGGCCACUUCCGCAAAGUUAUUUUCGACUUCGGCCCUUUUAUCGCCGACUACCCUGAGCAGGUUACUCUGGCCGGUGUUGUUUACGGCUGGUGCACCAAAUGUACGAACCCAGUGCAUGAUCUCGACAAUAACAUUGGCACUAGACGGACUCACCAACUCACGAACGAGCUUAUUGACGCAUUCGAUGGCGACCCCAAGGUACUUUGGACUAACUAUGGGAUCAAUGCGGAUAUAAUUCCAUUCACCAACGACUUUCCGCGGGCAGAUAUUCACGAAAUGAUAUCUCCCGACAUCCUCCAUCAACUGAUCAAGGGCUCGUUCAAAGACCAUCUGGUUGAAUGGGUCUCUGACUAUCUCUACUUGACCCACAACGAGGCAGAGGCGAACAGCAUAAUGGAUGAAAUAGAUAAGCGAAUUGCCGCAACCCCAGCAUACCCCGGCCUGCGGCGGUUCCGCGAUGGUCGGCGCUUCAAGCAGUGGACCGGAGACAAUUCAAAGGCUCUAAUGAAGGUUUAUCUCCCGGCGCUAAAGGGCCUUCUCCCUACCGAGAUUGUGCAAGUGAUUAGCACAUUUCUUGACUUUUGCUAUCUCUCGCGACGCAAGGACUUUGACGAGUCGACACUCGACCAAAUCGAGACAACUGUUGACCAAUUUCGAGAGCGACGGAAGGUCUUUGUUGAUGUUGGUGUCCGCACUGACUUCAAUCUUCCUCGACAACAUUCUAUCGGUCACUACGCUCACUCGAUCCGUGAAUUUGCUUCACGGGCGGACUUCGAGCAACGUGGCAUGCUUGAGGUCCGCACCAAGGCCUUGCCUGAUAAGCUACCGACGGCCGACGACAAGGAUGACGAUGGAAUCGAUGAUGGACCACGUGUUGAAGGCACGGUUGUCCUCGCUCGUACACGAGAGCCGUCUUAUCCUCGCUCCGCUCAUGCCCUUGCGGCUCACAUUGGUUUCCCCGACUUCCCCCCGAUUGCUUGA